CCGAACAGCCCUCCACUGACCAAACAAAAGAUCAUAAUCACCGCCAGAUUACCCAUAGAAAUGACAAAGAACAAUAUGAGUUCCUCUACGGGCGCUGUCGAUUCUUACCCAUACCGGCUUGGGACUUUUCAUCGUAAGGUUAGCACGUCGAAUGAGGCGGCCCAGACUUGGUUCGAUCGUGGGUUGGUGUGGUGUUAUGCUUUUCAUCAUGAGGAGUCUGCGCGGUGUUUUGAGAAGGCUGUGGGGGUUGAUCGGGGGUGUGGUAUGGGGUUUUGGGGUCUCGCCUUCGCCCUCGGCCCAAAUUAUAACAAACCCUGGGACCUCUUCGACGAAAAUGAACUACAACUCACACUCGAGAAGAUCAGGCGGGCGAAUGCUGACGCUCUACGCUGCGCAAACGAUUCAGCCUCCAACCUCACAGACGUUGAGAAAUCACUUAUCUAUGCCGUACAGACUCGGGUCCCCCAAGCAUUGCAUGAGGGCGCGUUCAAGCAAUGCAACGAAAAGUACGCGGAAGCCAUGGAGGGGGUUUACGAGAGGUUUCCGGAUGAUUUGGAUGUCGCGGCGCUUUAUGCGGAUAGUAUCGUGUGCCUUUCAGCUUGGAAUUUGUGGGAUCUGAAAACUGGUGAACCGACUCCAGGGGCUCGAUCUCUAGAAGCAAAGGCAGUAUUAGAAACAGCAUUGGCCCGUGAAGGAGCAAAGACACAUCUCGGGAUCCUCCAUCUUUACAUCCAUCUCAUGGAGAUGUCCAAAACACCUGAAGCCGCAUUAGUAGCAGCAGAUUAUCUUCGCACUUUGAGCCCUGAUGCUGGUCAUCUCGUGCACAUGCCCUCACAUCUAGACAUCCUGAUCGGGGACUAUCGACGAGCUAUUGCCUCCAAUGCAGAUGCAUGUUUAGCUGACGAAAAGUACCUUGCCGAUCGUGGCGGUCAAAAUUUCUAUACGUUUUACCGCAUGCACAAUUAUCAUUCACUGAUAUAUGCAGCUAUGUUUGCUGGGCAGUAUGGAGUCGCAAUUGAUACGGUGACGUCUAUGGAAGCGUCUCUCCCCAUGUCCCUCUUGCAAAUUGAAAGUCCCCCAAUGGCAGACUGGGUCGAAAACUUUGCCUCUGUGCGAGUCCACGUCCUGGUCCGCUUCGGAAAAUGGGCAGAACUAAUCGCGCUCCCCUUUCCCCCAGACCCAAUCCUCUACUGCGUAACAACCGCAAUGCUACACUACGGCAAAGGAAUAGCCUACGCCGCUACAAACGACAUCCCAUCCGCAACCCACCACCGCGACGCCCUCCACAAAACCCUCGCCUCCGUCCCCUCCUCUCGCAUCAGCGGCGACUUCCCCAACUUAGCAAACGUAGUCCUACAAGUUGCAACCGCCAUGCUCGACGGCGAACUCGAGUACCGCAAAGGCAACUACGACCUCGCCUUCUCCCACCUCCGCACCGCCAUCGACCGCGACGACGCGCUCAACUACGCUGAGCCCUGGCCGUGGAUGAUGCCUACGCGCCACGCGUAUGCUGCGUUGUUGUUGGAGCAGGGGCAUGUUGAGGAUGCGGCUCUUGCGUACGCGGCGGAUUUGGGCGUCGAUGAUAGUUUGCCCAGGGCGCGCCAGCACCCGAAUAAUGUUUGGGCGCUGCAUGGGUAUCAUGAGUGUUUGGGGAAGUUGGGGCGGGAGGCGGAGAGGAAGGUUGUUGGGCAGGCUUUGAGGGUUGCGUUGGCGGUUGCAGAUGUGGAUGUUGGUUCUUCUUGUUUUUGUAGGACGGGGGACUGUUGUGCUUGA